UUUUUUUUCUACACUUGACCAGCCUCGUUCUUCACGCACGCCCACUGACUGUUAUACGAAGUUAUAUCAUGAUUUCAAGAGCACUCGGGUCACAGAAGGACAUCGAGACUUCUCUCUAUUCGCUCAACAUUAAGGAGCGCUUCGAUCUGUCGAUUCAGUUUGCACUAAAAGGAUGUGGAUUCCCAUGCUGAGUUUGACUGCCCUGCCUCACAUUGGUGGGAUAUUUGGAGGUCUUAUAACAAGGAAGGAGGUGAAGACUUGGUACACUACACUCAACAAACCUUCAUGGAGGCCACCUAAUGCUGCUUUUCCAGUGGUGUGGACCACUCUCUACACUGGCAUGGGAUAUGGUUCAUACCUUGUGUGGAAAGAGCUUGGAGGCUUCACACAGGAUGCACUGGUGCCACUGGGACUCUAUGGUUUGCAGCUGGCACUUAACUGGGCAUGGACCCCCAUCUUCUUUGGAGCACACAACAUUAAACUGGCAAUGAUAGAGAUAGUGAUGCUCACUGGCACAGUCGCAGCCACCAUGGUGACUUGGUAUCCCAUCAGCCGCACUGCAACUCUGCUCAUGGCGCCAUAUAUGGCCUGGCUCUGCCUUGCUACCAGCCUCAACUACUGCAUCUGGAGAGACAAUCCAGAUCCAAAAAAAGACUAAAGAGGCCAAUAAAAACAAACACCAUUCUAACUAACACAACGGACUUGUUUUUCUUUAAUCCACUAUGAAAAAAUGCAAUCAUGAUUUCACACUUUGCCAUUUUGCAGUUACUGAUUAGUAAUAUAAUGAAGAAUUAAAGAAAUCUUUAGUUAAUUUUCAGAUAAUAAUCAAUUAAAUGACUCUUGAACUUGAGUAAAAGAACACAUUCCAUCUCUUCACUCUUCACAUUUUACACAAAUGACUCUCAAGAUAGCUGUAUUUUGUUUACAAGCUUUCAAACUCCGAAUGUCUCUAAUUAAUAACUGAAAAAGUAUUGUUUGCUUGCUUCCUUGCCUAUUUUUAUACAAAUAAAAUAUUUUCAUGA